UGCCGCCAUCUUGUCUGAAAACUUUUGGGCUCCCGGCGCCGCCCGUCCACCCGCCCGGAGGGAGCCAGGAGGGUCGCGCGGGGGUGGGGGGGGCAGGAAGGGAGGCCGCCGCGGCGGUCGCCAUGCCCGUCAGGAGGCAAGACACGCAGCGCGCCCUGAGGCUCCUGGAGGACUACCGCGCCAAGCUGAGCCCGCGGGAGGACCGGCAGCUGAGCAGCUCGGUGGAACGGGUGAUCGGCAUCUUCCGGAGCAGCCUCUUCCAGGCCCUGCUCGAUAUUCAAGAGUUCUACGAGGUGACUCUGCUUGAAAACCCCAAAAGCGCCGAUGAACCGAAGCCUGCUCAACCCGUCCAGCCCGGGGGCACCUGGGACUUGCCCAGUCCGCCAAGCACCGGCCUGACUUCGGAGACCUUGCCCAGCAGCCAGACUGCCGACACCCAGAAAUUCGGCUCCCAAGAUGAAGACUCCUUUCCCUCGGAGCCCAGCAGCUUUCCUCAGGCUCCGGGCGCAGGGAUGCCAGCUCCAGAACUGGUGCACGUGUCCGAGAAGAACCUCUCACAGCUGGAAAGCGUCCGCGGCUUUGUUGGCCACUCCCACAUUUCGCCAGCCAAGACACCAGAAGCUGCUCUUCCUCCUCCUCCUCUUCCUCCUCCUCCUCCUGUUGUUGUUGUCUCUGCUCUGCCAGUUCCUGCCGAGGCUUCACUCAUCCCAUCUUCCAUCUCACAGGCAAACCCCCCACCAGUCGUGGUAAACACGGAAACUCCGGAGACACCGACAUACGUCAACGGCACCGAUGCGGAGUAUGAAUAUGAAGAAAUCACGCUGGAAAGGGGCAAUUCGGGCCUGGGCUUCAGCAUCGCAGGAGGCACGGACAACCCUCACGUGGAGGACGACUCUGGCGUGUUCAUCACAAAGAUCAUCCCAGGAGGGGCGGCUGCCCAAGACGGGAGGCUGCGGGUGAAUGACUGCAUUUUGCGUGUGAACGAGGUGGACGUCCACGAUGUGACCCACGGCAAAGCUGUGGAAGCCUUGAAGGAGGCGGGCUCCAUGGUCCGCCUGUCUGUCAAGAGGAGGAGGCAAACCACGGAAAGGAUGGUGGACAUAAAGCUGGUGAAAGGGCCCAAAGCAGGUCUCGGGUUCAGCAUCGCUGGGGGGGUCGGCAACCAGCACAUCCCCGGAGACAACAGCAUCUACGUCACCAAGAUCAUCGAAGGCGGAGCUGCACAUAAGGACGGGCGGCUACAGAUCGGAGACAAGCUGAUGGCUGUGAACAACGUUUGUUUAGAAGAAGUGACCCACGAAGAAGCCGUGGCUGCUUUAAAGAACACGUCCGAUUUUGUCUAUCUGAAACUUGCAAAGCCCAGCAGCAUGUUCAUAAACGAUGCUUAUGCACCUCCUGAGAUCACCGGCUCUUACUCCCCGCCUGCGGAGAACCAUGUCAGCCCAUCAAGUUACCUGGGCCAGCCCUUGCCGCCAGCCUCGCCGGGGAGAUACUCACCUGUUCCUAAGGCAAUGCUGGGAGAAGACAAGAUCACCAGGGAGCUACGGAAGCUGGUGCUGCAUCGGGGCUCCACCGGACUUGGCUUCAACAUUGUGGGGGGAGAGGACGGGGAGGGGAUUUUUGUCUCCUUCAUCCUUGCUGGUGGGCCUGCAGACCUCAGUGGGGAGCUCAGGAAAGGAGACCGCAUCAUUUCGGUAAAUGGCGUGGACCUCAAAGCUGCAACCCACGAAGAGGCAGCCGCUGCCUUGAAAAACGCCGGUCAGUCCGUCACUAUCGUGGCUCAGUAUCGUCCCGAAGAAUACGGCCGUUUUGAAGCAAAAAUCCAUGACUUGCGAGAGCAGAUGAUGAGCAGCAGCAUGAGCUCAGGGUCUGGCUCUCUGCGGACCAGCCAGAAGCGGUCCCUCUACGUCAGAGCCCUCUUUGACUACGACAAGACCAAAGACAGUGGCCUCCCCAGCCAGGGGCUGGACUUCCGUUUCGGCAACAUCCUCCACGUCAUCAAUGCCUCGGACGAUGAGUGGUGGCAGGCGCGGCUGGUGAUGCCAGGCGGGGAGAGUGACCAGGUUGGCGUCAUUCCCAGCAAGCGCAGAGUGGAGAAGAAGGAACGAGCUCGGUUAAAGACGGUGAAGUUUAAUUCUAAAGCAAGAGGCGACAAAGGGCAGAUCCCUGGAGACAUGGGAUCAAAAGGCCUGAGAAUGUGGUCCAUGGAGCGGGAGAACGGUGAAGUGGGUCAAGAGGCCCGCUUGACAGAUACUUUCCUUGUCCCGAGUAACCCAUGGAGGUGUACUUCCCGCCUCCGAUGGGCCUUGGGGUUCCUUGGCAUUGCUCCUGAUUUCUGCUUUGUACUAUUUUCAGAGCACGUGACUUCCAAUGCCAGUGACAGUGAAAGUAGUUACCGUGGCCAGGAAGAAUGUGUCUUGUCUUAUGAACCGGUCACCCAGCAAGAAGUCAGCUACACGCGUCCCGUGAUUAUCCUGGGCCCCAUGAAGGACCGCAUCAACGAUGACCUCAUCUCGGAAUUCCCUGACAAGUUUGGCUCUUGCGUCCCACAUACAACCCGACCAAAACGAGAUUACGAGAUGGAUGGACGAGAUUACCACUUUGUGAUGUCGCGAGAACAAAUGGAGAAAGACAUCCAGGAUCACCGGUUCAUUGAAGCCGGCCAGUACAACAACCACCUCUAUGGGACGAGUGUCCAGUCUGUGAGGGAGGUGGCCGAGAAGGGUAAGCACUGCAUCCUUGAUGUAUCUGGGAAUGCCAUCAAGAGGCUCCAGAGUGCCCAGCUGCACCCGGUCUCCGUCUUCAUUAAGCCCAAGUCCGUGGAGAACAUCAUGGAAAUGAAUAAGCGAUUAACGGAUGAACAAGCUCGGAAAACCUUUGAACGAGCCAUGAAGCUGGAGCAAGAAUUUACAGAACAUUUUACAGCCAUUGUGCAAGGCGACACAUUGGAAGAGAUUUACAAUCAUGUCAAGCAAGUCAUUGAGGAGCACUCCAGCCCUGUCAUUUGGGUGCCAGCCAAGGAGAAGCUCUGAGGGUCCUCUGAGUCCAGGGGUCGGCCCCGCCAGCCUGCCUGCCUGCCUGCCUGCCUGCUUGCCAGCGCUGCCUCCUCGGGGCUCCCGUGGGACGUACAGAGCCCCUCUAUGGUCUCAACGUUUCGGAAGCUGCUGGCCGAGGGCUCUUUUCUCAAGAAUCAGGGGACUCUUUCCACUCCUGUGGAUAGAAAUGGAGAAUAAUGUGGUUAUAAUUCCUUAAUGUUUAAGGGAAAGUAUCCUUCAGAGACUCUGAGAAAACAAAGCUUUUUAUGCAGCCUUUUAACAAUUUUAUAAUAAGAUGAAAGAAAAGUGGUCUUAAUGUAAAUUGUGAGCAGUUUUGCACGUUUGAAUUUGCUAGCAUGGUUUCCUUUGGGUUCAAAUUCUAGUUUCGAAGUUUCUGCCACAAAUAUAUUUUUUCUCUCAGUUUAAUAAAAACUUUUUUU